AUGACAGACCUGGCAUUGAACGCCGAGGGCGAAACUUUCGCUCUGCAUGUGGCCGCUGGGGCAGGAGACGCAAAGAAAGUUCUGCAGAUCCUCCAAAUCCAUCCCAGCUGUGGAAAUUUAAUGGAUUGGCUAGGAAGAACUGCAAUCCAUUAUGCAGUGGAAAAUAAGAGAAUGUCUGCUGCUGAUUUGGAAGGGAUUGUUAAGCAAUUGGGUCUUGAUGUGAUUAAUAGCGGCGAUAAUUUCGGUCGAACACCAUUACACUGGGCCGCAGAUAAAGGCUACAAAGACACUAUGCAAUUGUUACUCGACCAUGGUGCUGAUGUUGAUGCUCAAGAUUUCUCGAAGCAAACGCCUUUGUCUCGAUCGGCAUGGCGAGGAUGGCAGGAAUGUGUGUCACUACUGCUACACCGGGGAGCCAGGUCUGAUAUUCCAGAUCAGAAUGGACAGGUCCCUCUACACCUAGCAGUGGUCAAUGGGAGCACUGCAGUAGUCCGCCAUCUAUGCAACAAACAGAGUCUUACCUCGAUCGAUUUGGAUGGCCAAACAGGUCUUCACCUAGCGGCAAAGUUAAGCCAUACAGGUGCGGCAAAGGUUAUCACGAAGAGUUUGAUUAAGACCAAUGCGAAUGGGAAUCAUAUUUUCCGCACCUUGGAGCAAGCCGAUGGAUGGCAAAAUGACUUUACCGAUGCCACUCGCGCCAUUGACGCGUUGGUGUGGGCAGCCCUCAACGGAAUUGAGAGCAUGACCAUUCGCCUCAUUAGGCGUGGUGUGGAUGUUGGAUCAUAUUCCGACAGUUGUCGUAUGUCUACGAUGCAAGCAGCAGCAAGCGCCGGUCGUACCGCAAUAGUAGAACUACUUCUCAACAACAAAGCCGAUGUCAACGCUCAACCUGCUAAAUCUAAAGGCUAUACAGCUCUUCAAAGCGCAGCAGUCGCCGGUCAUACAGAGAUAGUAAAACUACUUCUUAACAACAAAGCCGAAGUCAACGAUCAACCUGCUGGAUUUAAUGGCUAUACAGCUCUUCAAGGCGCAGCAGGCGCCGGUCAUACAGAGAUAGUAAAACUACUUCUCAAUAACCAAGCCGAAGUCAACGCUCAAACUAGCAUCAGUGGCUAUACAGCUCUUCAAGGCGCAGCAGGCGCCGGUCAUACAGAGAUAGUAGAACUACUUCUCAACAACAAAGCCGAUAUCAACCCUCAGCCUGGUCAAAAGGAAGGCUAUGAAGCUCUCUGGCGCGCAGAAAAAUCCGGUCACAGUGACAUUGUGGAACUACUUACUAAAGCCAAGGCACAAAUCUCCCAGUUAUAG